UAGCAUAUUCAGAAAGUUGUGAUGCUAAUGCUAAUGCUGAUUCUGAUGAUGCUGCCAAUCUUGGCUUGAACUUGGACUUGACGCGACCUGGACUGGGCAGUGGGCAAGGCAGGGCAGGGCACGACAGGCACGUAAAGCACUCGAGUCAAAAGUAUGGCGCGGAUAUUUUGUGCUACUCUACCUACCAACUUGCCUUACUCCAUUUCCUUACCCGCCUACCUACCUCCCGACCUACUGACCUACGGAGUCAAUGACUUCUUGAAUACUCGACUUCUAAACAUACUACCUACCUAUCCCCUCUUCUAGGCAUUUGUCUAUUCCAUUCACAGCACUCUUGACCCGUAUUGCCCCUUCAUAUUGUCCAAAACCUCGACAAUCCCACAUUUCUCCAUGCACACGUUUCUUUGACGCGGGCUCCUAUAUCUACCCUCCGCCAUGACUACUGGCAUGGCGACGAGAAGUAGCAGCGUGCCUCCCGAGUCUGCUGGCUUGCCAGAGGCUCAUUCCAGCCACCGCCCAGAGAGCAGCGAAGAGCCCACUGGCCAUGUCGCUGAUCCCACGAGGCCUGCGAUAUCCAGACAGUGGCAGACUGCCAGAAUUACCGCGGUGCCUCAGUGGGAAGCCCCGGAGCUCAAACGGUAUCCUACAUCUUUCUCAACAACAAAGAAACCAUCGUGGAAGAUACCAAUCGCAGCCGACGACGAUUCCACAACAAGCUCCUCUUCAGAUGACGACGAUGAUGUUCCGGGACACAAAAAGCGCUUUGGGAGAGGCAGAGAUACUUCUCGAGGGCAAUAUUCAAGAUUUGAUGUAGGGAACGAGGACUUCAAGACAAGGGGGAGGGUUUCAAAGAAGGAUGGUCGACUGAAUAUCAGUGUAAACGAAACGAGUAAUCGGGGCUACCUGGCCAAGGCGCUGGGUGCAACGUUCUUGAAGCACGUGGGAUCCGAUGCUGGCGAGACACCCGAUUCGAAUCAUGGGAAGGGCUGGAAAUCAGACGCUUCGUCGGAAACCAUCACCACCGAUAUACCGAGACCAACACUAAACAUCGUGGUUAUGGUCAUUGGGAGUCGAGGCGACAUACAACCAUUUCUGAAGCUAGGAAAGAAUCUCAAAGAAUAUGGACAUAGGGUACGGAUAGCCACACAUCCUGCGUUCAAGGAUUUUGUGGAGAAAGACUCCGGACUGGAGUUCUUCUCCGUUGGGGGUGAUCCCGCAGAGUUGAUGGCCUUCAUGGUGAAAAACCCCGGGAUGAUACCUACGAUGGAGACUCUGAAAAAGGGCGAAGUCGGGAGGCGGCGACAGCAAAUGGCGGAGAUGUUUGAAGGCUUCUGGCGUGCAUGCAUCAACGCUACAGAUGAUGAAAAGGAUGUUAGUAAUUUAAAGAUGAUGGGCGCUAAAUCUCCCUUCAUUGCGGACGCUAUCAUCGCCAAUCCUCCCUGCUUUGCUCAUAUCCAUUGUGCUGAGAGACUAGGCAUCCCCUUACAUCUUAUGUUUACCUUCCCGUACACGCCGACUCAAGCUUUCCCGCAUCCACUGGCAAACAUCAAGAAGUCGAAUGUGGAUCCUGGUUAUGCGAAUUUCAUGUCCUACCCGCUGGUAGAAAUGAUGACAUGGCAAGGUCUUGGAGAUUUGGUUAAUACUUUCCGUGUGAAGACUUUGGGGCUAGAACCAGUUUCUACAUUGUGGGCGCCCGGCCAAUUGUAUCGUCUUAAGGUACCCUUCACGUACUUGUGGAGCCCAGGUCUUGUACCAAAGCCAAAAGAUUGGGGACCAGAAAUCGACAUUGCCGGAUUCGUCUUCUUGGAACUCGCUUCUUCGUUCGAACCGCCAGAAAAUCUGGUUAAAUUCUUGGACGCUGGAGAGCCACCUGUGUACAUUGGGUUCGGCUCAAUCGUUGUUGAUGACCCCGAUACGUUCACCAAGAUGAUCUUCGAAGCAGUAGAUAAAGCUGGUGUGCGAGCCCUGGUCUCCAAGGGAUGGGGCGGCCUAGGUGAUGAUAACACUCCUGAAAAUGUCUAUAUGCUGGAAAAUACACCCCACGAUUGGCUUUUUCCCAAAGUGUCGGCAGUGGUUCAUCAUGGCGGUGCAGGAACCACAGCAAUCGGCUUAAAGUGUGGAAAGCCUGGCAUGAUCGUUCCCUUUUUCGGAGAUCAGAUGUUCUGGGGAACCAUGAUUGGAGAAGCUGGAGCUGGAGCACAGCCUGUAACUCACAAGGAAUUGACAGCUGAUAAGCUGGCAGAUGGUAUCAGGCAAUGUCUGACGGUAGAGGCCAGAAAGGGCGCCGAGAAGAUUGCCCAGGAGAUUGCAAGGGAGGGUGAUGGUUCGAAGAACGCCGUCACUUCCUUCCAUCGUAGCUUGGUAUUGAGAGGACAUCAUUCUAUGCGCUGCUCAAUUUUGGAGGACCGAGUUGCAGUGUGGACGUUGAAGAACACCAGUCUCAGGCUGAGCGCACUAGCUGCGGACUUACUUGUUGAGAAAAAGAAGAUUUCUUGGAAGCAGCUCCGACUUAUCCGACAUAAUGAAUGGAACGAUUUUGAGGGACCGGGUGAGCCUCUGUCUGGUGGGGCCACAGCAAUCAUGAGUACUGUGACAGGAAUUGCAACUGGAGUUGGAGGUGUGCCUUUUAAGAUCGCCAAGAGUUCCAGGAGACGCGCAAAGCAUGAAGAGAAGAAGAAAAGGAAAUCUGAGGAUAUGCGGCGAAAGUCUCAAGAUGCCGGCCGCAGUGAUGAUGCAGGAAGAAUGGUCUAUAAUGCGGAUUCAAAGGAUAAGACUCCUAACGAAAAGCCAGCAAACGGAUUCCUUGAUAAGGCUGGGAUGACUGGUACUUCUUCGGUUACGGAGGAGCACCAGAUUUUAGAUGGAUCGGCAACCAAGGGUAUGAGAGACGAAAUCAAGAACGAGAAGGCUCACAGAGCUGGCAUGGAAAAGGUCACCAGCGGACCCGAUCUCGGCAAGCACACCACGACAGGUGAACCGAUCGCGGAGAAGAAGGCGGCGAAGGACGAGCAAAAAGCACAAGAUGAAGGCGAAGCGGAUGACAAUGAUUCCGUUCUCUCCGAUGACCCCGAGGAUAAUGUUGCAGAAGAGUUCGGCAAGAACGUUACAUCCGGGGUUGGAAAGACGGCCGGUUUCAUUGCUAAAGCGCCGAUGGAUCUUGCAUUGGCGAUCGCUCAAGGUAAUCCAGUACUUCAUUAUCGCGUUCCCGGCAUGGCUUUUUUCGCAAAUGGUGGUGUUGGCAACAAUGAAGCUGACGAGAAACAGGCUUUCACAACGCGCCUCGACUGUACGGGGAUACGACUGUCAGAAGACCAACUCGAAUCACGGGCUUCAAAUCUGGCCUCAAAGCAGCUGGCCAAGAAUUCACUUUCGGUCUCUAUGAUGGUGUCACCGGUCUCGUCACCCAACCAUACACAGGCGCUCGAGAUAAUGGCCCAAUAGGGUUUGUUAAAGGCGUUGGUAUGGGUCUCACUGGCUUCGUACUUAAAGACCUUGCAGCUAUCGUCGGACCAUUUGGCUACACUUUUAAAGGCAUCCACAAAGAGCUGCAAAAGGACAGCCAGCCCACACAUUUCAUCCGUAAGGCCCGAAUCAUGGAAGGUCAACGAGACCUCCAGGCCUUAGAUGAGAAAGAAGCAAAGAAAGUUGCAGAAGCGGUGAAUCACGGCUGGCAAGUCGUUCAAGACGUCUUCACUCUCAUGGAAGAGAAGCGAGCUCAUGGAAUGCGGGGAAGAUUUCAUGCGAUGAAAGAACGUAAGACAUGGAGGGCCAAUGGAGCGUUUGAGAACGUAGAGAUGGCUGAAAAGGCACUUGAAGCUUCACGCAGAGGAGAAGGAUUGCAAGGAGUUUUCGCGCAGCAGAGGGUAGAGCUACAGCUUACGAAGAAGCCACGAAAGAACGUUGCCCAGGAUCUCGAGCAGGGGAAAACUGGUGAUGAGAUUGAGGAUAAGCAGGCUGUGCAAACGAACGUCACUGCGGGGCCUGCUAUCAGAGAAAUGCCGAAAGUUGCUGGCAAAUAGUGUAAGGAUACGAAGGCUAUGUGGGUGGACUCAGGAUAGACGACGGUAGAUAUCUUCGAUUGGCAUGUCUAGCGAAGGCGUUGGGAGCUGGGAGCUUUGAUGUUUGUUUGACCUCAACAAGGGCAAGCGAGCGAGAUACAUCCUGAGACGAAUAACAUGUAAUCUAAUAGUAAUUGACGGAAGCAUUUACGUGACCAUCAUCUGCCUCCUCCUCUCCUCGGCUUAUCCUACAGGGUUAUUCAGCAGUGGCCUUGACGUAUUGUAUCAUAUCCCCCCCCUUCCAUGACUGUUGUUUGGGGAGCUUCCUGCCUCAAGUGUCUUCCCUGUCCGGAGGCGUUUCGCGGAGACAAGGUAAGGUAAUGUACUGAGGGUCCCUACUACUGUACCUGGGCGAGGUAGGAUUACCUAGUAAAUUUACCUAAGCUAGGUAUCGAGUGUGUUCCAUUAUGAAGUGGCCGAUUUUGGCGAGUCGCUGGAGUGCGAAGUUGUCGAGUUUCUCCUCACGACAAUUUGAUUGAUUUCUGUAGGAAAAGCGCAAAACAUCUUCCUAGCUAUUUUCGGAGUAGUCUCACAGACGGAUUAGAUUUUGAUUCCUUUUGCAUUGUGAGAAUUAGUAGUUAGUAAUCUACUUUUGAUGUUUC